AUGAGAGUUAGAAAGCGUACAUCAAAGAGAACUUCUACUCGUAUGAGAGAAGGAAUCAAAAAGAAGGCCACAGCUCACAGAAGAAAAGAAAGAAAGUUUGCAAAGACCGAUGUUACCUGGAAAUCUAAACAUAAGAAGGACCCUGGUAUUCCAGCAAGUUUCCCAUACAAGCAUAAAAUUUUAGAAGAAAUCGAGGCUAAGAAACAAAGAGAUCUUGAAGAAAGAAGGCUUGCCAGAGAAGAGAAGCAAAGAGCAAGAGAACAAGCUCUUGCUCUGGGCGAAGAAGUCAUGGAUGAAGAUGAUAUGGAUGAAGGCGAUGGAGAGUCUGGAUUAGCUGCAUUAGCCGACUUUGCUCAACAAGCUGCUGCCGAUUUUGAUGGCACUUCUGAAGGUACCGGUAAUACAAACGACCAAGUCCAGUAUGAAAGCAGAGAUCUUGAUAUCAACUUUUAUGAUGAUGAAGAUGAAGGCGAUUCCGAAUUAGAACAAUCCAGAAAAGCAUAUGACAAGAUAUUUAAGACAGUCGUUGAUGCUUCAGAUGUCAUCCUAUAUGUUCUAGAUGCUAGGGAUCCAGAAGGGACAAGAUCAAGAAAGAUUGAGCAAGCAGUCCUACAAAGUCAAGGUAAGCGUCUAAUACUUAUUUUAAACAAGGUAGAUUUGGUUCCACCACAUGUUUUAGAACAAUGGUUGAAUGUACUAAAGUCUAGUUUCCCAACAAUUCCAAUCAGAGCUGCUCCAGGUGCCACGAAUUCAACCUCUUUCAACAAGAAAUUAACACAAUCCGUAACAGCCAACGCUCUAUUGGAGGCCCUAAAGACAUAUUCUAACAACUCCAAUCUGAAGAGAUCAAUUGUUGUAGGUGUAAUCGGUUACCCAAAUGUAGGUAAAUCUUCUAUUAUAAAUGCUAUUACUUCUCGUCGUGGGGGCCCAUCGAAGGUUUGCCCAACAGGUAACCAACCUGGUGUUACCACCGCCUUGAGGGAAAUCAAAAUCGAUAGUAAAUUGAAGAUUCUUGAUUCCCCUGGUAUUUGUUUCCCUGGUGAGACCAAAGCUAAAUCAAAGGUCGAACAAGAAGCAGAGUUAGCACUUUUAAGUGCUCUUCCACCAAAAUUUAUAUUGGAUCCAUAUCCAGCUAUCUUAAUGUUGGUCAAGAGAUUGUCGAAGUCUGACGAAAUGACUGAGAGCUUUAAGAAAUUGUACGACAUCCCACCUAUUCCUGCUAAUGAUGCGGACACCUUCACCAAACAUUUCUUAAUUCAUAUCGCACGUAAGAGAGGUAGACUAGGAAAGGGUGGUAUCCCAAACUUGGCUAGCGCAGGGUUAUCAGUAUUAAACGACUGGAGGGACGGUAAGAUUCUCGGUUGGGUUCUACCAAAUGCCUCAAAGGAAACAGCAGAUGCUUCGCAAUCGGCCGUGUCCAGCAGUAUCAAUACCGGUACCAAGAAUGAACCCUCCAAAACUGAACAAACCACCAUCGUUUCCGAGUGGUCUAAAGAAUUUGAUUUGGAUGGCCUAUUUGGAUCUUUGGAUGCUGCAAUCGGUGCAGCCAACGACCAGGAUGCUGACAUGGCCUGA